AUGUUCUCCGGCAGCGUGCUGCUUCCCGGCGGCGACGCAACAGGCGACGGCAAGCUGCGCACUUCGGAUGGCCGGUCCUUCGAGGUGCAGCGCGCUUACCUGUCGAUCGUGAGCCCCUACUUUGCAGCCUUGUUCAGCGAGGCGUUCGGAGCCGAGAAGGACGUACUCCUCAGCAGGGUCAGCGCUGCCGUGUUCGACACACUCCUCACGUUUCAGUACACAGGCAAGAUAUGGCAGCGGAGCAAUGAGUUCGUCAACACUCCUGGAUGGCUCAUGUAUGAGCUGCUUUCAUCACCGGAACUGAACGUUCAACGUGAAGAGCACGUGCUUCACGCCAUAGCGAAAUGGUGGAUGUCAGGUUCGUCCGCCGCAGCGCUCGACGGCAACGUCCUGCGGCAGCUGCUUCAGUGUGUACGCAUUGGCCGAUGCGACAAAGAGGCCCUGGACAAGUUCGCCAGGAGGUGGCCAUUGUUGGUGAACAACGCCGAAUACCGGGAUUCCAUUGUUCAGGCCUUGAUAGUGGGACCAUGUUUGUGCCAACCAAACAAGCUUAUGCGCGCCCUCCUCGAAACGGACGACGUUCUUCCAAAUCCCCACGCAGCAGCUGGAAAUGCUCCGAUCAUGGCAGACAACCUGCCUAAAGUGGUCUUUAUGUCCGGCGAACCAGGUCCCGAAAUAGCCGGGGAGCCUGAAGAAGAAUACGUGCCCAGGGACAUGAAGCAGCCAAGCUGUGAGACGUGUGGCCUAAGCAACGCGGAGAGGUGGCUGCCUCGCGUUCCGAAUGAGGUGAUUGUGGUGUUGGGGGGAUGGCGUGAUGAACGUCCCCAACGGAGCGUUGAAGUCCUGGAUCCCCAUGCCAAGAGGUGGUUUCAGUACAAGGAUCCGGAUUUCACGAAGAGGGCUUACCACGGCGUGGUCCUGUUGAACAGGCGCCUAUACAUCGUGGGAGGGCGACAGACAAGGCGGUUCCUGCGAUCCACGAAAAGUUUCGGCCUGGACGAAGGCUACUGGGACUAUCACGCUCUCAUGGAGGAGCCGCGUGGAUACGUCGCAGUGGCGGCGCUUCGCGGCAAUAUCUACGCGAUGGGUGGCCACAACGGCGUCGAGAGAAUGUCAUCUGUUGAGCGGUACUGCACAUCUAAAGACAAGUGGACAAGGGUUGCUUCUAUGAUCUGUCGACGAAGCGGUGCCGCUGCCUGCGCUUUCAGAGUGCUGCGAAGCAACGACGAGUCUCCGCUGACCUGGCAAGAGGCGCCCUCGCUGAACUCUAGCCGCAGCGCGUUCGGCGUGGCAACGCUAGGAAAUGUGAUCUACGUGAUCGGCGGCUUUCAUGAUGAUGACCCAGUGAGGAGCGUGCAAUGCUACACGCCUGGAGAAAACAAGUGGAUUCAGGCCCCCUCGCUGAAUGUGCCCGUUAGUGCGUUGGCUGCCUGUGCAGUCAGCGGCAUCAAGGUGACGCGAAAGAUCUCAGCACGGGUAGACAACUCUGGCAAAUCAUUCGUGAUGAACGGCCAUCGUGUCCAGAUUAUGUCGGGUGCCAUCCACUAUUUCAGGGUCCUGCCUAACCUCUGGGAGGACCGCCUCAAGACAAUGCAGGCGUCCGGCUUGAACACAACAGAAUUCUGA